AUGACGGCUGAAAUGGGAUUUUUCCGGAGUAAUUCUCUGGGUGCGACAUCCUUGCUGACCUUUGCUAUCUUGUCGCUGGCUUGGUUCGUUGGAUUCGCUUCCAGACUUUUUGCCAUCGUCCGUUUCGAGUCCAUCAUUCACGAGUUCGAUCCAUGGUUCAAUUAUCGUGCUACCCAUCAUAUGGUCGAAAAUGGAUUCUACAAUUUCUUGAAUUGGUUCGAUGAGCGGGCAUGGUAUCCUCUAGGGAGAAUCGUUGGAGGAACUGUAUACCCUGGCUUGAUGGUUACUUCCGGCCUCAUCCAUUGGGUUCUGGACACUCUAAACUUUAAUGUCCACAUCAGGGAGAUCUGUGUGUUCCUUGCACCGACUUUUUCUGGCCUUACAGCUAUUGCUACCUAUCUGUUGACCAAGGAGUUGUGGUCGGCUGGUGCCGGAUUGUUUGCUGCUUGCUUCAUUGCAAUUUCUCCUGGUUACACAAGUCGAUCAGUUGCCGGUUCUUAUGAUAAUGAAGGAAUUGCCAUCUUUGCACUACAGUUCACUUACUACCUAUGGGUAAAAUCGCUGAAAACUGGUUCCGUAAUGUGGGCAUCUUUCUGUGCUCUAUCUUACUUCUACAUGGUGUCCGCGUGGGGAGGAUAUGUUUUCAUCAUCAACUUGAUUCCUCUGCACGUCCUAGCCCUUAUACUUAUUGGUCGGUACUCUUCGCGUCUCUUCGUUGCAUAUACCACCUUUUACUGUCUAGCAACUGUGCUAUCCAUGCAGAUUCCAUUUGUUGGGUUCCAGCCGGUGCGCACUUCUGAGCACAUGCCUGCAUUUGGAGUGUUUGGACUGCUUCAGAUCGUUGCCGCUAUGCAAUACGCUCGUUCUCGUAUCUCACGACAGCAGUUCAUGACACUGUUCGUAGGCGGAUUAACUGUUGUUGGAGUCCUAGCCGUUGUUGUUUACUUUGGACUGGUUUGGGGAGGAUAUGUUGCACCUUUCUCUGGUCGUUUCUACUCACUUUGGGAUACCGGUUAUGCAAAGAUCCACAUUCCAAUUAUCGCUUCUGUAUCCGAGCAUCAACCCACCACUUGGGUAUCGUUCUUCUUUGAUCUACAUAUCACAGCGGCAGUGUUCCCUGUUGGGUUAUGGUACUGCGUUAAGAAUGUGAACGAUGAGCGAGUGUUCAUUAUUCUGUAUGCUGUUUCCGCUGUGUACUUCGCUGGUGUCAUGGUUCGGCUCAUGCUAACGCUUACCCCAGCAGUCUGCGUUCUAUCUGGGAUUGCAUUCUCUUUCACGUUUGAAAAGUAUCUCCGUGAUGACGAAAAGUCCUCAACGAAAUCCGAUUCGGAUCGUCAGAUGUACGACAAAGUCACCAAGAAAGGAAAGACAACCUCCGCCUCUGAAGCAGCUGAAGAUGGUGUUGGUGUGAACUCCAGAUCUUUAGUUAGUGUUGUUUUGGUCCUUUUCCUCCUUAUGUUCGUUGUCCACGCUACAUACGUGACAAGCAACGCUUAUUCGCAUCCAUCAGUAGUGCUUCAAAGCUCCAACAGUCAUGGAGAUAGAAUCAUUAUGGACGAUUUCCGUGAGGCUUAUCAUUGGCUUCGUGAAAAUACGGCUGAUGAUGCUCGCAUCAUGUCGUGGUGGGAUUACGGUUACCAAAUCGCUGGAAUGGCCAAUAGGACAACCCUUGUAGACAACAAUACAUGGAAUAAUUCACAUAUUGCUUUGGUAGGUAAAGCAAUGUCCUCCAACGAGUCCGCUGCAUAUGAGAUCAUGCGUGAAUUGGACGUUGACUAUGUUCUUGUAAUAUUCGGAGGAGUUAUCGGAUAUUCUGGAGACGACAUCAACAAAUUCUUAUGGAUGGUUCGAAUUGCUGAAGGGGAGCAUCCGAAGGAAAUAAAGGAAGCGAACUACUUCACCGAAUCGGGCGAGUACAGCGUAGGUGCUCAGGCUUCCGAUAUCAUGCUGAACUGUUUGAUGUAUAAGAUGUCCUACUAUCGUUUCGCCGAAGUGCGAAUGGGUUAUAACCAAGAUGGAUUUGACAGGACGAGAGGAUAUGUGAUAGGAAAGAAGCACAUCACUCUGGAGCACAUCGAAGAAGUGUACACAUCUGAGAAUUGGCUUGUUCGGAUUUAUAAGGUCAAAAAACCGGAGAAUCGACCAACAAUCAAGAAGAAUGAGAGACAGGUCAGAGUGGACACCAAGAAGGUUACGAAGGGGAAGAAUAAGCGAGGAGUGCUCCGUAAUCGCCCUGUGGUUGUGAAGGGAACGAAACUGUCGGCGUAA